AUGUAUAUUUAUAUUUUUAACUUGUUUUUUUACAAAAUUUUCAUUAUAUAUGUAUUAUUAUGUUUUAAUGUUUUUUAUACUCCCUUUUCAAAUUUUAAUCCUAAAUUCCAUAUAUUUAACUUUGCUAAAUGUAUAACAACUCAUUCCCGUCCGAAUCAAAUCCUAUUGGACAUUCUAAACAAACCUUCCCUAACACACAACUUUUUACACAAAUACUCAAUUUUUCCUUCUUUUCCAUUAAAUCGCAGAAAUUACAUUAGUUUUAAAGAUUAUAAGAGGAUUUACUCUUUUGUACCAUAUAAUAUUUCAAAUUCUCAAAAUAAAUUUAGUUCUUUGUCAUUUAACAAAAUUGAUCUUAGACCUAUAGAAUCCGAUAAAUACAGCUCUGAAAUAUCUUAUAAUAGGAACAGUUUAAGCCGUGUUCACCUUUUCAAAUCUAUUAAGAAUUGGUUUUUAGAUGAAGUGAUAGGAUGGUAUGUUCCUCCUCUUCCCACUGGCCAAAGAACCUCAUACAUUCUGAAGAAAAAAGGCCCUUUACUAUCCGAUGAGGAAAGGGAUAGAUUUCUUGAAGCCAUUGGAGCUAAUGAGAAAGAUUCUAUAUAUACAGUGCUCGGUAAAUACAGAACAUUUGUUAAGAACAGGCCAUUUGCUUCAGUCAACACUUUAGAGUCAACUUUUGCUGAAUUUUUAAGGAGGGUAUUUGUGGAAAACCUCGAGGAUAUGGAGUUGGCUGCAUCAUAUGGCAUGAAGGAUGAGGAAGAUGGCUGCGAUGAAUCUGGUGUUUCAAACUUAGAUAAGAAAUUUUUGAAAUGGAUUAAUCCAGCCGAGGAGGCUGAAAAACAUUUAAUUGAUCUAGCAAAACAUAAGAGGCGGUAUUUUGGAAUUAACACCAGGAAAUUUCGAGGACUUAUCAGAAUCACAAAAGACUUUAAGGGAAGAUUGUCCAAGUGUUCUACAACAAUGCUUCCAAUAAUGUUAAUAGGAUUAGUGCCUAAAUUUGGCACCUUGUCAAUAGGAGCUUCGAAUAUUUGCGCCUGCAUAAUCAUCUAUGGAGAUAAAAAAACUGAUAGAACUUAUUUACUGGACAAAGAAGAGUAUUUAGUAAAGUCUGAAUAUGACCGUUCUGAGACUGUAAAAUCACUAGCAACCCUCUUUGUCGUAGGUGUUCACACAAUAAUCGGAUACUUAAUAUCAACGCUAACUAGGAUUGGUAGUAUUUUAUCAAGUGAUACUAUUAACGCUUUUUUUAUUAAUCUACAACUCACUUUAUGCUCACUAAUUUACGAUACAAGUGAAAUGACAUAUGAAGAAAAAGUUAAGCUUUCUAAUGGAAGAUUAGGAACGGAAUUUACUGAAUCCUAA